GUCACGGAAUUGCGGACUAGAAACAGCCUUUGAUGGCGUGCCGCAUUUCUAUUGCGGAGUCAAUGGCUCUCUGCCUCAACCCACCUCUUCCGUCGCCGAAGUCGGCAACAAAGACCAACAAACACGAUAUCCAAAGCUUGCGAGCGCUGUAGACGGCGCAAGAUUAAAUGUGACGGCCAAACUGUCUGUAUGGGCUGCCGAGCGGAUCCUUCCGCCUGCGUCUAUCGGCCCAAGGUCCGCCGCACCAGGGCCCGACGGUCAACAUCCAACCAUCCAACCCGAGGAGUCAAUUCCGUCAGCUUGUUCUCCGAAGUUAUUGAGCCUCUGCAUAGUCCUUCGCCCGGUGAGACAGAAAUCACAAACUCUGCACUAUGUCGCGAGGUGACCGCUGCACACAAUUUCCCCCACUUCGCGGGCCAUUUGGAAAUUUCUUAUGGCCCAGCGUCUAGCUUUGCCUUCCUCCAACAUGUUCACCGGGCGAUUUCCAGCCACGACGAAACAGAAAAUGCUGGAAGACCUCUUGAUGAGGGGGGCUUGGACAGGUUCGCGAUGAGAGGUGUCUUCUUUGGGCUCCCGCCAAGAAUCAGUUUGCAAGCCAUCUCGGUCCAAGACACCAUCCACAAAAUCAUUCGGAGACCCAGUGCUCUCAAAUUCUUGGAUACUUUCAAGACUUUUUCUCUCCAUAUAUUUCCAUUUUUCACAUCAGAAAGCCUCGAUGAGCUACUAGACAGGGCGUAUAGUCCAACUUCUAGCAUCCCACGUCAGUCCCACGACGAAGUGGUCCUCCUGGCCAUCCUAGCCAGUGGUUCGCUUAACGCGGCCGAGACUAACGAAGCUGAGCGACUCUUCCAGCAUGCAACUCGGCACGCCGAAUCGUCUGGCGACGCUGUCACCCUUCCGACGAUCCAAUUCUCCCUGCUAAUGGCCGACUACCAGCUGAACAUGGGCCGUCCAAAUGCAGCCUACUUACUGAUUAGUGCGGCCUGCUGCAAGGCCUACGCACUGGGUCUUCAUAGAUUUUCUACACAAGUAGCUCUAAGCGAGCAAGAAAUUCAAGUGCGCCGGGCUACUCUGUGGACUAUAUUCUCAUACGACAGCUGGAUCGCAUUCAGUCUAGGCAGGUCAAACAACAUGCGGAAAGGAGAUAUUACUUGCCCUUAUCCAGACAAACAAACUCUGCUCGUUGACCGUUGCCGUAUUGCAGCCGCAAUGGAAGAAGCUUCAGCCUCCAUAUAUAACAAACGAUUUGACUCAGUGUUGCAACUGUAUAAUACAGUCGAGAGUCUUCAUGCCGUUGUCGUGCAAAACUGCAAGCUGCUCAGCCGCGAAAUAAUGCAUUUUGUGAUUCAGGGCUCGCCAGCCGAGACCCUAGGUCAUGUCGCCCUAUUGAACAUUUAUUAUAAUCUCGUCAUUACCAUCUAUCGCCCGUUUAUGAUUACAGAGUAUCUUGUACAGUCUGCUGGCAGAAUUGACCGUGGCGAAAUGCUCUGGCUUCGGCCAGCCUGCCGGAAAGCUACAGCAGCUGCUGAGGACUGUAUUGUCCUCACACAUCAGAUACGGCGGGUUGUCGAUGUCCAUCGAGGAAGAUGGCAGGGGAGGCCCUCCAAGAGGAUUAUGGCAGAGUAGAGUCUAAAUGUGUUUAUUUGAGGCGCUUCAAUGCCUUCGUUGAAACGAGCUGCGCUGUGUUACUCUACAGUUCUCGUUGCAAACCAUCCAAGCAUCCAAGCAAUACAGAGUUCAUUCAACUUGGCCUUGACUUCCUGCAAUCGAUGGCGAACGAUGAACUCGUCGCGAAUGUUGUCCGAUCUGUACGGCGGAUAGCGGCCGCUGUGGAACAGACUCUCUCAGUAACGAAGGGCCCUUCUGCCCUUACUGGAUCUUUGUAUCGAGACACGCCGGCAGAAGAUUAUGCACGGCUCGAAUUGUGUCUCCUCUCAUGAGAGAGAACACCGUAUCUGAGGGUGCGAGUAUGGCUUCG